UCCAUACCUCUAGUGAAGGAAAGUGAAGGGCUACGGGUGUCCCCUGGCGUCCCAAAGCACAGGGAAGCCCUCUCAGCACGCAUGCGCGCAGGGGAGCCUCCAGCCCCUCUUUAAGAGGGGAGCGCGGCGCGCAGCCGGGCAGUCGGAGCUGGCUCGCAGCCCUGCCAGGCGAGCGUGGGGUGUCCGCGCGCUCCUUUACUCCCGUAGCCCGAGGGACUGAAACUUCCGUGGGCGGCUCCCACCGGAGCGCACUGCCGGGGGCGUACCAGCGACAGGGAGAGGGAGAGCAGACGCGGGCUGCAGCAGGAGCCGGGGAGGGCAGCCCGCUGGCCCCGCGCCCAGCAGCAGCAGCAGCGCGGCCGCCGCCAGCCGGGCGGGCUCCGGGACUGCAGGGGAGGUGCGGACACUCUCAGCGUCCCGAGCGGUGGCGGGAGCCAUGAGGACCGAGCACGGAGCGGCGGAGGCAGAGCGCAGCCGGCCGCUGUUGCACUUGCCGCCGGGAACACUGCGCGCACUGCCCGCCUCCUUCGCCGCUUCUCGCCGGGCAAGUGAAUAGAGGGGGAAAAGCACCAACCGCUGAAGGACCCCGAUGCUGAAACGCUCCAGCCGCGGCCUGGCUCCUGGUCGUCUGCAAGGCGUCCCCUCGGGGGAUGCACAAGGAAGGUCGGAUCGCAAGCCAAGCUUCCAGGAAUAUUCCUUCCUUCCGUGAUGCCCCUGUGAAGGCCGAACCUAGCCGAGGCGGAGGUCACUAGUAAGGAGGGAUGACUUAGACCCAGGCUCUGCAGCCUGGGCUUCGCCUCAGAGGGGAGUGUUCCUCACGGAAAACCCCUGGGAUCGCCGAGUCAUAACUUCUUGGGGGAGAUCUUGUGUCCUCUAGAGACAUCACCGGUGCCCAGGGCAGUGCCAUGUGGGGCGGACGCUGCUCACCUUCCACCUCUUCCAGGCACCGCGCGUCGCUGCUGCAGCUGCUGCUGGCCGCGCUGCUGGCGGCGGGGGCGCGGGCCAGCGGCGAGUACUGCCACGGCUGGCUGGACGCACAGGGUGUCUGGCGCAUCGGCUUCCAGUGCCCCGAGCGCUUCGACGGCGGCGACGCCACCAUCUGCUGCGGCAGCUGCGCGCUGCGCUACUGCUGCUCCAGCGCCGAGGCGCGCCUAGACCAGGGCGGCUGUGACAACGACCGCCAGCAGGGCGUAGGGGAGCCUGGCCGGACGGACCGAGAAGGCCCAGACAGCUCUGCAGUCCCCAUCUACGUGCCGUUUCUCAUCGUCGGCUCUGUGUUCGUUGCCUUCAUCAUCCUCGGGUCCCUCGUAGCAGCAUGCUGUUGCAGAUGUCUACGGCCAAAGCAGGAUCCCCAGCAGAGCAGAGCCCCAGGGGGCAACCGCCUGAUGGAGACCAUCCCCAUGAUUCCCAGUGCCAGCACCUCCAGGGGCUCAUCAUCUCGCCAGUCCAGCACGGCUGCCAGUUCCAGCUCCAGUGCGAACUCAGGGGCCCGGGCUCCCCCGACGAGAUCACAGACCAAUUGCUGCUUGCCCGAGGGAACCAUGAACAAUGUGUACGUCAACAUGCCCACAAAUUUCUCAGUACUCAACUGUCAGCAGGCUACCCAGAUAGUACCCCAUCAAGGGCAGUACCUGCAUACUCCAUAUGUGGGGUAUGCAGUACAACAUGACUCUGUGCCCAUGACUCCAGUGCCUCCGUUCAUGGAUGGCCUGCAGCCUGGCUAUAGACCAGUGCAGCCCUCCUUUGCUCACACUAACAGUGAGCAGAAGAUGUUCCCUGCAGUGACCGUGUAGCCUGCAGGUCACAGAUCAGACUCCUCCUUGAUGAGACUGAGCAACACAGGGCCUGAUUCUUGCACCAGAAGCCUGCUCAAGUUAAUGGUGUUCCUGUCGAUGCUCUUCCAGAUGACGUCAUUCACCCCUAACCUAUAAGGGGACACAUCUCCAGAGGAGCAAGUGUCUGUGGGUGUGUCCAGAUGCAAAGUGGAAAACCACAGUCCCUGGAGGUGCCACCUGUGUCCUCAAGUGUGUGACAAAUCCUUGAGCCCCUAAGUGCCCUUGAGGUGUGGCUGCCAGAGUCAGGGGUUGAAUGAUGUCUUAUUCCUUUUGGUUUUAGCCUCGCAGGAGAAUGCCUGUACCUCCCCUUUACCUGGGCCGUUUUAAAAAUCAGUGUUCGAGGCUGAAAGGAGAUGUAAAUUAUAUAAUUAUUAUGGAAAGGAGCGAGCUUGAACUCCAACACCAGCCAUCAGCCUCAAUGGCCAGAGGCAUGUCUUAAUUUCGUUGUAAAAGAUAUAGUCUGUCUAUUUUUAUGCUUUUGGGGGAGGGGAGGCUAUUAUGUGCUUUUUUUUUUGAUAAUCAUGUGUAGAGAUCUUAUUCAGAAAAUGUACGUCUAUGAAUAUCUAAUGAAGAUAUUCAGAAUUCUGGGUGUGGAGUGGCAUUGAAUCCAUUCAGUUCCUUUUGGUCUCCUGGCUCUCUGGCUCUACAGUGGUAUUGAAUCCAUUCAGUUCCUUUUGAUCUCCUGGCUCUCUCUGGCUCUACAGUGGUACCUAAGAAGGAAUUGGAUGCUUUUUUUGUUUUUUUUUUCCCCAAUUGAAAACAUGAGCUGUCAUCUGCUGCUCUCCAAGUUCAACUUUGCCACGUGAUACGGCCUGGUGGUUCAUUUUGUUCUGCCCGGUUUCGAGAUCCCCUUGUCUAAAUAGUCCCAAGGGCAGGAAAUUAUCGAUGAAGACCAGUAAAGAACAACUGUACUGAAGAGAUGCUCGGAUAGGUUGUCAGCCACCGCGGGGACAUGAGGUGGCACUUAAACCUCCGUGAACCACUUCACAAAUCAGAAGGCUUUUUUACACUCUUGCUAUCAGAAUGGUUUAUUUUUCCAGUAGCAGGAGCUAUGAAAUCCAGAGAAAAGCUCUUCAAGGAGACAUGACAUCCCUUUUCUCCUCAGCCUCCAACAAGCUCUGUGUUCACUGCCAAGGUUUUAACUUAUCAAAUUCAACUGAGUUUGUACGUUGGUUACUUAUGGAAGAAGUUUAAAUACAUUGUAAGUGAAUUUUCAACUGCUAGCAAAGCCAAAUUUUGUUAAAUAACUGUGAAGUUCGGUGUUUUAUAGCAUCCCUCCCAUAGCAUCUUCUUCUUGCCUUCUGUCAUCUGUCUGUCAUCUCAUGAUGACAGUGAUAACGUUGUAUUAUCACUGGCAAUUGGUAUCAACAGAUAAGAAUCAAAGAUUUUAAUAACCAAAGCAGGAAAAAAUCAUUUUAAAUUUUUAAUAAAUAUUUUAUGGUGUGAA